AUGGCCUAUAGUAAUUUCAGGUUACGUCAAUAUUAUUCAAUAGCAGAUCAUUCUGCUUUCGCUUUAACCACUUCAUCAUUCCAUCUCAACUGCACGUACGAUGUCUUCCCAAGCUUCCACGGUGCAGAUGUUCGAAGAGGCUUCCUCAGCCAUCUUCUAAAAGAGUUCAAGAGAGAAGCAAUCGACACAUUUGUUGAUAAUAACAUCGAGAGAGGGAAAUCAAUUGGUCCUAGAUUCAUAAAAUCUAUCAGAGGAUCGAAAAUCGCUAUUGUCCUGCUCUCUAAAAACUAUGCUUCCUCGACAUGGUGUCUGAACGAAUUGGCGGAGAUCAUGAGUUGUAGGAAAGAUUUGGGUCUUAUAGUGAUGGUUAUAUUCUAUGAAGUUGAUCCGUCUGACGUUAAAAAGCUGACGGGGCAUUUCGGAAGGGUCUUUAGGAAAACUUGUGCAGGAAAAAUUAAGGAUGACAUAGUGAGAUGGAGACAAGCUUUGGCUAAAGUGGCAACAAUAGCUGGUUAUCAUUCAACAAACUGGGAUAAUGAAGCGGCCAUGAUCGAACAAAUAGCCAAUGAUAUAUCACAUAAGCUGAAUAAAUUCGCUGGUCCAUCAAGUGAAACUCCAUGA